UAAACAAAAAAUAUUUUUUCCUAAAUUUUCGUUUUCUCAAUCCUUUUCUUUUUCCAUUUAUUUUUACUCUUUUAAAUCUAAUUUUUUGAAGAUCUUCGUAUAUCCAACCCUUUUUAUCUUCUACUAGUGAUUGAAAAUUCUUUCCCACUACAAAAGGCUUUAAUUUAGUCCAAACUUUUCUUUUGUUAAUAGACAAAAAAAAUUUUAAAAAUGUAUAAACAGAAUUGCACAAACGGUAAACUUCACGUCCAUCGUCAUAAUAUCCUGAUCCAUGUCUAGACCUGAAAAAAUUUUUUUUUUAAUCUGGAAAAAUUGUCCUCAAAAGUUUGACCAUUUUUAACCCCUAUUACCUAUGGUUUUCUUAAUAUUUUAAACGCAAUUAUCUCUGAGUAACUCAGCCCAGAGAUUAUUGCGAGAACCAAUUCUAGCUCGGCGAUCUCUAUCGAUUGACUGCCAUUAUGCACAUUUUAAACAAAAAAUGGAUGAAGGAGGUGGGUGGCAUAAGUACCAAAAAAUAUAAAAAGUUGCGUUCCCUCCGAAAAUCAAAUGAUUCUUGUCCGCAAAUAAUUUUUCAAUUAUUACUCCAAACUUACGACAUAAAAGCGGGCAAAAUUUUUGGGGAAAAAAUUAAAAGGAAAAAAGAAAAAAAUUUCAAACAUCCAAUCAGCAUCGGAAAUAGCACCAGAAAUUGA